UGGUCAAUAACCUCAAAAACAGGCAAGUUUAGGAGCAUAAUGGAACUAUGCAACAACAUCAUCCCUGUCAUUUAUUAUUCUGUAGUGAAAGCUCAUAGAAUUUCAACCUUAUGUAGCCAUGGAUAAGCUGCACACAACUCCUUCUGAUCUUCCUCUUCUUUCUCCUUCCACAUUCUAACAUCACCACAUACUCAAUGCAAAAUAAGUAGUUCCACACUCACCUCGUGGUUUGCUUCUGUUUCACUCAAGGAAACAAUUUCAUACCUUUUGUCCAGUAACUCAAGGUGUAGUGUUAGUAACCAUAUUGUUUAUUAUCUUCUCAGAUCUUACACGAUCCUUGUUUGAGUUAAUACUUAAUGUUUUGAUGCAGUUAUAGAAUGAUGGGUAUAUUAAGUCGGGGAACAUUGUUUUUCUGUGUGUUCCUUUUGUUUAGUACCUGUCUGGCGAAAGAUCAACACAUUCUUCAGAUAUAUCCUGGCUUCAGUGCAUCUCAGCCUGAUUGGAGCGACCAUAAUGGUUUUUUCUUGAUAUCCAACAGCUCUGCUUUCGGUUUUGGAUUCUUCACCACUCUCGAUGUUUCGUCGUUUGUUUUAGUUGUCUUGCACUUGAGCAGCUACAAAGUGGUUUGGACUGCCAACAGAGGUUUAUUGGUUGGGAAAUCUGCUAAAUUUGAGCUGGAGCGUAGUGGGAAUGCAUAUUUGAAAGGUGAUGAUGGUGUGGUUUGGGCAACAAAUACAACAGGGCAUAAAGUGAGAUCCAUGGAGUUGCUAGACUCAGGGAAUUUGGUGUUGGUUGGGGAUAAUGGGACAGCCAUUUGGCAAAGUUUUAGCCAUCCCACUGACACUCUUUUGCCAGGGCAAGAAUUUGUGGAGGGAAUGACGCUCAAAAGCUUCCACAACAGCUUGAACAUGAUCUAUUAUCUUAGUUAUAAGGCCGGUGAUUUGCUUCUCUACGCAGGAUUUGAACCUCCACAAGUGUACUGGUCCCUAUCAGAAGAGGUUCAUACAAGCUCCAAAAAUUCCACCACCAAGGUUCACUCAGCUUCUCUGGUGUCCAAUUCAUGGAGAUUUUAUGACACAAAUCGAGCUUUGCUGUGGAAAGUUAAUUUCUCUGAGCACUCAGAUCAAAACUCAUUGUGGGCUGCUACCUUGGAUCCAACCGGUGCUAUCACUUUUUAUGACCUUAACAAAGGGAAGCCUCUCACCCCUGAGGCAUUUAAGGUACCACAAGACCCCUGUGGCACUCCUCAGCCUUGUGAUCCUUACUAUGUUUGCUUCUUUGAAAACUGGUGCAUCUGCCCCAAACUUCUCAGAACUCGUUUUAACUGCAAACCUCCCAACAUCUCCACCUGUUCCAGUACUUCAACAGAACUUGUGUCUGUCGGUGAAGAUCUUGAUUAUUUUGCUCUCAAGUACACUGCACCGGUCUCAAAAUCCACCCUGAAUUCUUGCAAAGAGUCUUGUGUAGGAAACUGCUCUUGCCGUGUGCUUUUCUUUGAAAACAGUACCGGUAGAUGCUUUCAUUUUGAUGAGACAGGGAGUUUCCAACGCAGUAAGUGGGGCACCAGUGGAUAUGUUUCAUUCAUGAAGGUCUCCAUUGGUAGUGACGAUGGACACAGCAACAAAAAUGGAAGGAAUGACACGGUGCUAGUUGUAAUCAUAGUAGUUCUCACAGUUCUGGUUAUUGUUGGUCUUGUCACAGUAUUCUUGUACUACUACAAGAGGAAGAAGAAUGUUGCUAGGUAUCCUGAAGACACCUUUGAGGAAGACGAUGAUUUCUUGGACAGUAUCUCUGGGAUGCCUGCGCGUUUUACUUUUUCUGCUCUUUGUAGAGCAACUAAGGACUUCUCCACAAAAAUUGGGGAAGGAGGUUUUGGCUCAGUGUAUUUAGGUGAGCUUGAAGAUGGCACCCAGUUGGCCGUGAAAAAAUUGGAAGGUGUUGGACAAGGCGCCAAAGAGUUCAAAGCAGAAGUGUCCAUAAUUGGAAGUAUUCAUCAUGUUCAUUUGGUGAAGCUCAAAGGGUUCUGUGCUGAGGGUCCUCAUCGCCUUCUUGUCUAUGAAUACAUGGCAAGGGGUUCUCUGGACAAAUGGAUCUUCAAGAACAGUGAGAACAAUUUCUUGCUGAACUGGGAAACAAGGUACAACAUUGCAAUAGGCACGGCUAAGGGAUUGGCCUAUCUCCACGAGGAGUGUGAAGUGAGGAUUAUCCACUGUGACAUCAAGCCACAAAAUGUUCUUCUUGAUGACAAUUUCACAGCAAAGGUUUCAGAUUUUGGAUUGGCCAAGCUAAUGAGCCGCGAGCAGAGCCAUGUGUUCACAACUCUGAGGGGCACAAGAGGGUAUUUAGCACCAGAAUGGAUUACCAACUACGCAAUUUCGGAGAAGAGUGAUGUGUUCAGCUAUGGCAUGCUCUUGCUUGAGAUAAUCGGAGGGAGGAAGAACUAUGAUCAAUGGGAAGGGGCAGAGAAGGCACAUUUUCCUUCUUAUGUGUUCAGAAUGAUGGAUGAAGGGAAACUGAAAGAAGUUCUUGAUCCAAAGAUAGAUAUUGAUGAGAAGGACGAAAGGGUUGAGACUGCUCUAAAAGUUGCUCUUUGGUGCAUACAAGAUGACGUGAGUUUGAGGCCUUCCAUGUCAAAGGUAUCUCAGAUGCUUGAAGGCUUGUGUGUUGUACCUGAUCCCCCUUCAUUAUCUCAAGCUGGUACUUAUUCAGCUUUCAUGAAAUUGAGUAGCGGAGAAGCUACUUCAUCGGGACAGGCCAGUUUUUUCAGUAAUGUACCCAUGUCAUGUGUUCAAUUAUCAGGACCAAGAUGAGAUCAAGUGUAAGUAGUUAAAUGAGUCAUGCAUACGUGAUUUUUAAUGCUUAGUUUCAAUUCUAUGAGCAUCAAUUUUGCUUUU